AUGGAUGAAUGCGUAAUUCGCUGUCUCUCGAAGGUUAAGAAAGCUACGUCGUGGCGUAGCGAUAAGGAUCUUCGAGACACCAUCGAUAACAUUUGCAGCGCUCUAAAGGACGAACGUAAGCGUCUGAAGAAGCGUGGAGUGGAGUUUAAGGACACAGAUGCAGAUAAAUAUUGGGGAUGUUUGCUUCAGGCCUUGGGAAACAAAUCGGGCGGCGUGAAGGCUGCUGCUAUGGAUGCGAUUACUACGCUGAUUCAGGAGGGUUACCUCACUGGUGAGGCGGAGCCCCUGAACCCGAUGCCGGGUAAGGAGGACUAUACGAUGAUGGAGGAAAUUACCAAGAAUCUGUGCGACCAGAAGGAUGUCGAGGACGAUAACAUGAAAUAUUAUCUUGCUCAAAGUCUUUCCGAGGUGGUGAAGAUGGGAACUGUGAAUGGCGACUUCUUGCUGCGCGCGAUUGACGUUUGCUACCACAUCUACAUGGACGCUACCUCUGGCAACACUCGCGAGGCUGCGGAAACGGCGCUGAAGGAGAUUAUGGCCUUCUUGAUGCAGUCCAUGGACUAUGUGGACAAGACGAAGGACGUCGAGGUGAUCAGCAACACGGCGACGAUGACCCCGACUCCCUUCCCCGACGAGGAGGAGGACGACGACGAGGACGUUGUGCGUGGAUUCACCAGCGACUGCAUGUACACGGGCGUGGAGAUGCAGCUGGGAUUCAAGUACGACAACGGCGCGGUGGGAUGGAAUUUGGAGACGGAGGAAGAGAACGAGGAGGAAGAGGAGUGCGAUGAGCAGAAGCUGGACAGUCUUCCGUCGCAGCGCCAUCGCGACAUCUACCUGGUGUUCCGCAAGCUGUGCUCGAUCGCCAGCGAGAAGGACGAGGAUGAUCCGGAGGACAACCACAAGAUCAUCUCGUUGACGGCUCUGAAUGCCGCCAUGGAGAACAUCGGCGACGAUUUCAACAAGUACAAGGCGUACGUGUACCUGGUGCGAAAGUACCUGCUGCAGAACCUGCUGCAGAACUUCAUUUCGAACAACAUGGACGUGGUGGAGAUCUCGCUGCACAUCUUCACGGCCGUGGUGAACAAGUUCCGCAUCUUCAUCAAGAAGGAGAUCGAAGUGUUCAUCAUCAACAUCUUCCUCGUGAUUCUGAACUCGACGAACUCUGCGAUGCGCCAUAAGGAGAUGGUCAUCGAGGCGUUCAACGAGAUUAACAAGGACCCCGACUUCAUGAUCGAGCUGUUCAUCAACUACGAUUGCGAUAUCAACUCGCGCUCGAUGUACGAGGACGUGGUGCGCACGCUGUCCCACGUGGUGGAGGGUCGCUACACGGUCACGACCAAGAAGCAGGUCGAGACGGACGACGGCGAGACGGAGGAAGUGGUGGAGACGGAGGACGUGUUCCCGGAGGAGGAGGUGAUCACCGAGGAGCUGCUCCCUGCCAAGCGCAUCGCCCUGGACGCCUUGGCGCACAUUCUGCAGCCGCUGGCUGAGAAGUGCCACAUCACCGAGGCGGAGAACAACAACACGAUGAUCAAGUCGAAGCAGGAGGAGGAGGAGGAGCUGACGCCCGGCUUCACCCCCAUCGUGCAGGCCAGCGACACCGAUGUGAAGAUCAAGGCGGCUACGGACAUUCUGCAGAAGUUCGACGAGAAGAAGAAGUUCCAGGAGGACAUGCAGACGGGUAUCCAGAAGUUCAACAAGAAGCCUCGCGUGGGUAUCGAGUACCUGGUGCAGGCCGGCCGUCUGGAGAACACGCCCGAGGCGGUGGCUCAGUUCCUGUACAAGUACGCCGACGAGCUGGACAAGCGCCAGAUCGGAGACUACAUGGGCGAGCCGAAGGAGUUCAACCUCAAUGUGCUGAAGGCCUACGCGAACGGAAUCAACUUCCACGGCCUGACCUUCGAUAUGGGUAUUCGAACCUUCCUGGAGCGUUUCCGUCUGCCCGGAGAGGCCCAGAAGAUCGAUCGUAUGAUCGAGCGCUUCGCGAACGCGUUCUGCGAGCAGAACCCGGGCUUGUUCGUGAACACGGAUGCGGCGUUCGUGCUGGGUUACUCCGUGAUUAUGCUGAACACCGAUCUGCACAACCCGAACAUCGCUCCCGAGAACCGCAUGACGCCGGAAGGCUUUAUCAGCAACUGCCGUGGAAUCAACGACGGAGGCGACUUCCCCUCGGAGUAUCUGCUGGACAUCUAUUCGCGUAUCCAGGAGAACGCCAUUUCGCUGAAGGAAGAUGAUAUGGCGCGCCAGCAGCAGGAGAAGCGUCGCUACCGCAACAAGGAGGAGCGUCGGCAGAAGGCCUUCUCUGUGGAGAAGAUGGACAUUAUGAGCAAGCUGAAGGUGGACAUCGACGAGGAAACCACGGAGUACUUCGAGGCCACUGGAAACGAGUACAUCGGUCCGAUGUUCAAGAUCCUGUUCCCGAUGGUGAUCGACGUGUACGCGAAGGUGCUGGACGAGUCGGACGACGAGGCAGGUAUUCAGAACACGCUGAUCGCGGUGCGAGACUGCUUCGAGAUCGCGUGCUCGCUGGGUCUGGACCAGGAGCGCGAUCGCUCGAUGGAGAUUCUGUGCAACAGCACGCUGGUGAACGAGGAGGAGUGGCUGGACGUGAAGAACAAGCAGAUCGAGAUGAUGCGCGUGAUGCUGGAGCUGGCGCAGAACUUCGGAAACCACAUGGGAUCCGCCUGGAAGUACAUCCUCACCAUCAUUUCGUCGCUGGCGCAGGUGCAUCUCUACGGACUGGAGCCCCUGGCUCGCAAGCACCUCGACGACGACGAGGAGAGCGGCCGCAUGAGCCGCAACGGAGAGUACGUGCUGGUGGAGAAGGCGCACGAGAAGCAGGAGCUCAUCGAGAGCAUCAUCGAUCUCCACGCGCUGGACCGAAUCUUCGCGAAGACCGCCAACCUGGACUCCAAGAUGAUCGUGGAGUUCGUGAAGGCGCUGUGCGACGUGUCGCUCACGGAGCUGAAGCAGGCGCUGGACGAGCAGAACGAGGGUUCCAACAACAACAACGAGGAGGAGAGCGAGGAGGACAAGCGUCCGCGCACCUAUCUGAUGCAGAAGGUGGUGGAGGUAGCCGACGGCAACAUGUACUGCCGCUCGCGUCUGGAGUGGACGCAGAUCUGGCAGGUCAUGUCCGAGUACUACAUUGCGCUGGGCUGCUUCCCGAUGGGCCAGGUGGCUCUGUCCGCGAUCGACUCGCUGAAGCAGCUGUCGGUGAAGUUCCUGGAGAAGGAGGAUCUGCGCGCCUACAACUUCCAGAAGUCGUUCAUCCGUCCGUUCGAGUACAUCAUCAGCCGUACGCCGAGCGCCGACACCCGCGAGAUGAUUCUCCACGUGGUGCACAACAUCGUGCAGACUCGCUACAAGAGUCUGUCGUCGGGCUGGAAGGUGGUGUUCUCGGUCUGCACGUACUGCGCGGAGAACGAGGCCGACCCGCUGACGAGCAUUGCCUGGGGCAUGGCCAAGGAGCUGUUCGACCGCUAUUUCGACUCCAUGGUGGUGGAGAUGAACGACCUGAUCACCACAUACUGCGCCUUCAUCGGCGUGGAGACCCCCGAGAUCUCGCAGGAGGCGCGCGAGUACGUCUCGAAGUGCGCUGACGUGAUCAUCGAGGGCAAGAUCGUCAGCAUCGCGGAAACGGAGAACCGCUUCACGGACUGCGACGAGCACACCAAGGUCUGGUGGCCGGUGUUCAUGGGCCUCAGCCGCUACGUCUACACGGACGCGCGCUACGCGGUGCGAAACGACUGCUGCGAGCGCAUCUUCGCGAUCUUCCAGAACUCGGCGGUGCACUUCAGCGAGAAGCUGUGGGAGCUGGUGUUCAACGGCUUCAUCUUCACGAUCUUCGACGGCCCGAUGAAGUCCGGCGAGGAGGCGGUCAACCAGCUGCUGUCGCUGCCCACCGAGCAGGACAAGCCCAUCAAGCUGGGCAACAAGGCGGAGAACCAGAAGAGCUACCUGCAGACCACCGGCGCGCUGGUCAUGUACUCGAUCAUCCGUCUGUACGUGAAGCGCCGCGACCAGGUGAGCUUCCUUCUGGAGCGCAUCUUCAAUCUGAUGCAGGAAGCGAUGAAGCAGCAGAUUCUGUCGCUGGCGCGCAUCGGCGUGUUCUGUCUGAAGCAGCUGUUCCUGGAGGGCGCGGACAUGUACGACGAGGCGAUGUGGAACACCAUGCUGGACCAGCUGGAGAAGGCGUUCACCAACACCAUGCCCGACGACCUCGUGCUCAACGCCCGCAAGAAGCUCUAUCUGAUCUACGACAAGAACCUCCGCGCGGGCGGUGUGGCGCCCAAGGUGGGCCGCUGGGUCCGCACGCCGGUGGGCAACGGCAAGCUGAUCUCCGUGGACGAUAUCUGCGCCACGGUGGAGCUGAUCUACGGCAACGCGUACUUCCACAAGCUUAGCGAGCUGGAGGACCUGGAGAAGCUGAAGAAGGAGGCCAAGAAGACGGUGAAGGUGAGCAAGAGCAAGAGCAAGAGCAAGAGCAAGAGCAAGAAGCACGGCUCGGACAGCGAGUCGUCGUCGUCGUCGGACAGCGAGUCCUCGGUGGAGGAGGAAGUCGUCGAGGAUCCCAUCAAGCUGGAGACCACCGAUACGCGCAGCCUGGAGGUCAACGCGAUGCUGGUCGCCACCAAGGCGGUGACGCAGGCCGAUCUGUCGGCUCUGAUCUCCGAGUUGGUCGAUAUCGACUACCGUCGCUUCACGUUCGACCAGCUGAAGCGCAUGCUGGGUCUGAUGCAGAAGGUGGCCGACAUGACGCGCGACUUCCACCAGGAUAUGGAGCUGCGCCGCAUGAUCAAGAAGCUCGGAUACCCGCAGGACGACGAGAUGCUGCCCACGCUGAUCUACGAGCAGGUGGCUGCGGAGACGAGCAUCGUGCACGUGCUGUUCGUGCUGUACAUGGACACCGACGCGCCGGAUCGCCAGGCCUACGCGGACGAGGAUCUGCAGAAGCGCAUGGAGUUCCUGCUGACCGAGUACGUGGAUGUGGAGAAGAAGGCGCGGGAAGGAGACGAGAAGGCGGAGAACAAGCGCGUGGCGCAGGCUUCGAUCCCGCUGAUGCAGGAGAUCGUGACCGGAAUGGAGAAGACGCCCUACGAGAAGUUCGUGGCGUACUGCCCCAAGUUCUACCCGCUGCUCGUGUCGAUGAUCCAGUACUCCGAUGAGGAGGUCCGAACGGUGCUCUCGCAGAUCUUCAUCAGCAAGAUUAAGCAAAUGUUGUUUAAAUAAGAAUG